UCUCUCUCGCUUGCUUCUUCCCGCUCCGUAAUCGCAUCCCGACGCUUCGCUUGGAGUUUCGAUUUCGCCGAUCAUCUGAUCCUUCUUCGACCGGAUCACUGUGUUGUCGAGGUCGACAAUGGAGAUCGUCGCUCCGAAAGCGAACGCCGGAAGUCGACCGCGCGUGCGGGCUCCCGCCGGAGCUGGCUCUCGCUCAUCUCGGAGCUCCGGCGCCCGUUCGGCCCCGGUAAUGAACCCUCGAUCGGGUCAAGAAAUUUGGAGCAGAAAGAGAGUUAGGCUUGCUGAUCAUUGUGAGGAUAACUGCUUAGGCGUCAGGGAAGAUGAAGCUAUAACUCAAGAAGGAGCUGACGUUCGACUAUCUGAUGUCCCGAAGACCUCUGAGUACGCAUUUUUCAAGAAAUUGAAGGAGAACAAAGGUCACAGAUUUAGCUCCCGUUCCAUGCAAAAUAAGGCCACUCCAGCUACGAAGUUCAUAGCUGAUCACAAUCCCAGCACAAGUACCCAUGUGGUCGAUAGUGUCCAUAAGGAAUCUGGGUCGUCACUGCUUCACCAGGAUGUUAUGCCUAACAAUUUUGCCUCACUUCAAUCUCCAAUUGGAAGUGUUUCCAGAAAAUCAGGAACCUCGUAUAUGUAUAAGUGUGGUGAAGUCUUUACUAAGAAGAGGGAGAAUCUACUUUUAUGGGUCAAAACUACCUCCUUUCCUGAAAUUGACGAACUCUGCUCAAAGGGGUAUGGUUUUGUUUCCGUACUCUUAAGUCGCCUAAACCCAAUGAGCAGUGAGGACAAUGUAAACCCAAUGAGCAAUGAGGACAAUGAUGCUACAAAUCUUGAUAGGAAGCAAUUUGACUCUAGCAUGAGCUCUAAACUGCGUGCUUACCCUCAGUCUGGUAUUCAGUUAAAAGAAUUUAAUCAUAAUUGCACAUGGGACUUUCUGGAAGCUGAAGGUGGACAGUAUUUGGACUGUUCUCUAUCUUCUGGGUGGCUAAAAAAUUCUAUGGAAAGAAUCCCAGAUUAUAUUCCAGCUGUUGCUGCCUUCAAGACCGUUACUUGGCAGGAAUCUGAGGAUGAGUUCCAAGCUCCAAAUAAAUCCUUGAUUGAAGAGGAGACACGUGAUUCAGAUGGGCAAUGGGUUCUCAACAAUAAGAAUAAUGAAAGAGACUUAUGCUUUGUUUGUCAAAGUAGAGAGCUCACUACAGCACCGGCAUUGCUGACGUACCAGUGCAAUGAUUGCCAGCAGACUCUAGAAUCUAGGUUUGGUGGGAGGGAAUUAUCUGCAUUCUCUGUCUCAUCUCAUUAUCCUUCAAAAUUUUGUCCAUUGCUAUGCCAUCCAACAAGCUUUCACAACGAUGAUCUUGAAACACAUUAUGACCCGCAGACUCUGCAAUCUGGGAUUGUCAGGAGUGAGUUAUCUGCAUCAUUUGCCCCAUCUCAUUAUCCUUCACAGUAUUGGCCAUCACAAUGCCAAUCGAUGAGCUUUCACAAUAAUGAUCUUGAAACAUGUUAUGGCCAACAGACUCUGGAAUCCGGGUUUGGUGGCAGAGAAUCACCUGCAUUCUCUGUCUCUUCUCACUAUCCUUUACAGUCUUGUCCAUCAAAAAUUCCUUCAACCAGCUUUCACAACCAUGAUUAUGGAACACAAUAUAACAGGAAGGAAGAUAUUGCGAUUUUUAAUGAUCUUCCUUGUUCUUUAUCACACAAUUUAUAUAAUUCUCGCCAGGCUGAAGAUCAUGAUUUUGAUGACUUGUAUGCAGUGCUCUCACCUUCAGAACUGGAUCAGUUCAUCAACAAGGGCUUCAGUGAGAGACAUGAUCACCCUCUAACCGAUGGUUUGAUGCUCUCCCUUGAAUGUGAUUCUGAUUUGAGAUUGAUUUGCUUUUCAUCUCCCAUAUCUUCACUGGGAAAUCAUAUAUUCACUGAUUACACUCAUCAAUCUCCUCAAGAUGGAGAAGUAUUGUUGUCCUUCCUAUGUGGGGAGGAUUGGUAUAAAAGACUCAAAAGUUCCAUUCAGAUGGACGUCUUCAGUGGUUUUAGCAGAAGUUCAUUUACUCAAAUCUUAGACAGAGAAAAGACUUACCCUCUGCUUCCAGAUAAUUCAAGCUCAGAUGAAGGAGAAGUGAUCGUUCAUGGAAGCAAAAUCUGUAAUUUUGAUGCAUCCUGGCAAUUUUAGUUCAACUCCUGUACUUCACUUUUGUGUCAUUGUGGCUUGUCAUAACCUUGCAUUUGAGUUUUGAUUUGACAAUUUACAUACUAGAUAAUCCUCUGAUCGAUUGAACUUCAGAUGUACAGAACUAUUGAGGAAACUAACAACCUAGAUGCAUAUUCUCAAAA